AAGCAUUUGUCUGUCCUGUUCUCAAUCACAAAUGAUGGUCUUGGAAUUUCACUGCCAAUAUGUUUGUGUGUCAUUCACUAUGGGAUGUCUGUCUGCUGGGCAUCUUGUGCUCAGCUGCUGUGGGCAAUUCGGCCAAAGUGAAUCCGGACCUUACGCGAAAAACGGUGCAGGGAGGUUCAUCAGUUCUCAUGCACUGUACUUUCUCCGCCGAAUUUGAUUAUUCAAAUGUUACAGCUUACUGGUGGAAAGAAGAUAAUAAAACCGUUCUGCAGGAGGACAGCAAAAAGCUCUUCCGUGUAAUUAGAGGAGAAGCCUCCCUUAAACUCCUGAACGUGACAGUCCGGGACGCUGGAACGUAUCACUGUGCAGUCGCAUAUCAGAAACAAAAGCUUGGGCAAGCUGCUGUGCAACUUAUUGUAUAUGCACUACCAGCUCCUCUGAAAAUUGUCUCCAUGCCAUCCGAAGACCUUUUUUCUGCUUCUCUCCGAAUCCAGUGCAGGACAUCAGACUUUUACCCAAAAGACUUUAACCUUACUUGGUAUAAAAAUGGCACAAACAUAUUGACAGGAUUUCGGAAUGAACAGCUGGCAAAACCUGAGGAUCUUUAUGAAGUCAUCAGCACCUUAGAGUUGCGAGAGGCAGUCAAGAGUGAGACAGUUUACACCUGUCAAGUAUAUCAUGUUUCAAGCUCAUUUCCGACAAAUGCCAGCUACACUGUGAUAAAUAAAGAUUUUGCCUCUAAAAUCAGUGUUACUAUGGCUGCCAGUUGUGUCGCUCGUGCAAUUGCAAUUCUAAUAUUGACCGUGAUGAUUGUCAAGGGUUUUCUGUUCUUUAUCUCCAAAGGUGGGGCACAGAAAAAAACAAUAAAUCCAGCUCAGCAUGAUGAUGUGAGAAAACGGAAGAUGCCUGAGGAUAAGCUGACAUAUGCUGCUCUUAAUCGAGUUGGCUCUGAGGAUGACAUAAUGCUAAAACAACAGGACUAUACCACAAUAUACAGAGACAAAACAAAGCAUGACAGACUGCAGACUGAUUUACCUUGCUCUGAAAUUCAAUGAUUCCAGUCCAUCAUCGAAAUCCAAACACCAAGAAAAUAGUCCACUGUAUGCAGUUGUGAAAAGCAGCCUCCGAUUUGGGAAAACAAA